GUAACACGGAACAGCAGCAAUAUAAGACAAAUCCACAACUAGAGGAGUACAACUAUUUCCACGGCCAUGCUCCAUUACAAGAAACCACUGAUGUAAUGUAUCGGUCUAAUGUAUCACCACCGCCACCGCCUGCACCAAAUUCUAAUUUUGAUAAUUCCGGCGAAAUAAAUUUACCUAUGUCCAAUUGCUAUUCAGAUAUUCCACAUAGACUGACAAGCAGUUUGUUAUUACCUGAUAAUUUAGUUGAAAAACAUUUCCCAGGUCCAUUAGAAUCUGCUUUUCCUCAAGAGUUUGGACGAGAAUUUGAAUCACCUCAAUGUAUUUCAUCAAAUACUGACUCCCAGUAUCAGGAACCGUCAUACCUAGACCGUAAAAUAGCAGACCUUAGUGUGUCACGUGAAAGAUUUUCAGAUAGGAUUCUACGUGCUCGAAAAGCGAUUGAUUUAUGGGAAUGUCAACAAAGUCAUAAGUUGAAUGAAGCUUCAGGCCAGAUACCAAUCCCUGGGAGUGAACAAAAUAAACAUGUGAAGUCUGAAAAUGGUUCUUUUAUCGAUAAAAUGAUAUAUCCCCGGCAGAAAUCUUCAAUAACGGAUUCAAACUUCUGUGCAAAAUGUAACAACUUCAAAACACAACCGCCAACAGCAGUCUUAACUUGUCCAAUCGAUCAGAGAGAAUGUUGCACUCAGAAGGCGGUUACACCCCUUACCAAUUACUUAUUCCCGCAUAACCGUAAUUCUACAGGUAGUAUAUCAAAAAUACAUCCAAGUGCAUCAAAGACUAUGCCAGUUCAAAUUGUAAAGCCAGCCGUUAGGAAUCAAAAUAUAAAUAUUCCAGAUCAAGUUAAGAACAACGAGGAAUCGACCUUAAAUCCUGAAAAACAAGUCAUGAACCAUCAAACCCAUCUAAUCAAGCAGCCAACAGAACAACAAAAGCCUAAAUGUGACAUUUACGGGGACAAAAUUCCGAACUAUGAUAGACGACAGAUUAAAGGCGUAUUGGUCAGUGAGGGUACAAAAAAUGAAAGGACUAGUAGAACAGGCAGAAAUUCAAGGUAA